CGGCUACCUGAACAGAGAGGAGGGCUCUGGGGGCUGUGGUGGGGGGAGGGCGGCCCAGGAACCCCCCUCCCCCCACAGAGCCCCUGAGGAGAUCACCUUUGCAUCCUGGCCUGGGAGCCCGAGGCUGCGUCGUCCGCCUUCCUCAUUUGACAGAUGGGGAAACAGGCUCCCAGACAAGAAGGGACUUGUCCAAGGUCACACGAUGUAUCCAGCUGUGGGACCCUGGACGAGCCACUUCACCUCUGCCUGCCUUAGUUUAGCUCCACCCUUCCAGGAUCGUUGAGGAUCAAAUGAAAUAAUAUUUGUAAAGAUAUGAUUCUAGACAUCACCAGACUGGUCAUGCUGCCUCUCUGACUUAAGGACCAACCCUCUAAUAUCUUCCAGCUCACUGGACCCCCAGCUUAAGAACCUCUGACCUCGGGAGCAGAGACGUGUUCCUGGAUUUUCUGCACCCCUCAGCCCAUUCCCUACAGUUGUAUACUGUGAAAUCACUGAAUUCCAUUUGACAAAUAUUUGACGAGCACCUACUGUGGGCAGGACCUGGGGAAGCAAAGAUAGACAAGCCUGGUGUGACCUGACUCGCUCCUCAUCUCCCAAGGGAAAGCAGUAGGAGGAUGUGCAUGGUCACUUGAGGCUCUGGACUCUCCAGGGGUGGAGUAGCCGGUACUCUCAGUCCCCCUCCCUGAACAAUCAAUUGGCGGUGCUUCCCUGACAGAAAGGACUGUCUGCAUGCUGAAGAAAAUGGGUGAAGCUGUUGCCAGAGUUGCCAGGAAGGUGAAUGAGACAGUGGAAACCGACUCAGAUACUUUGGACUUGGCUGGGUGUCAGCUCGUCUCCUUCCCUGUCGCGAUCUACAAAGUGCUCCGGAACGUUGUCCGGCACAUUCACUUCAUCGACCUGUCCAACAAUGAGCUCCAUUCCCUCACCAACAAGUUCAUGACUACGUUCAGCCACCUCCGAGAACUCUACCUGGAGGGAAACGCCUUGUACAAGCUCCCUGAUGAAGUUAGCUCCCUACAUCUCCUCAAGAUAAUUAAUCUGUCCCGGAAUCAGUUCCGAGACUUCCCAGAGAAGCUCACUGCCCUGCCAGCCCUUGAGACCAUCAACCUAGAAGAGAAUUUGAUUGUGGAUGUCCCUGUGGAGAAGUUGGAUGCUAUGCCAUCCCUGAAAUGUGUGAACCUCCGGCUCAACCCUCUGAAUGCAGAGCAUCUCCAACCUUGGGUUCCAGGUAGGAUAUGGCAUGCCCAGUUCCGUGCACAGGCUUUCUGCAGCAUACCCCUGUCUAGGCACAAGGACGUGAUCUUUUGUCUCCACACUCAGGAAGUUUUACCUGUGCAAAGAGAAAUUCCUUCCUUGCUCACUUCUGAAAACUUGGCCAGAGAAGCCUUUGGUUUAAAAACAGAUAAAAAAAUUGUGAUCUGAAAUGUGCUUGAUUAGUUUUGGGUUUGAAAUAAAGGACAUGUUGAUUUCA